UCAGUGAUAAGUGUAUGUUUUGUAACAGACGUGUAUUGUUUAUUUUUCUGGUAUUAAAAGAUGCCUUCAAUUAAACUGCAGAGUUCUGAUGGAGAAAUUUUUGAAGUUGAUGUUGAAAUUGCAAAACAGUCUGUAAUGAUCAAGCCUAUGUUAGAAGAUUUGGGGAUGGACGAUGAAGGAGAUGAUGAUCCUGCCCCACUCCCCAAUGUUAACGCAGCUAUUCUUAAAAAGGUAAUUCAGUGGUGCACCCAUCAUAAAGAUGAUCCUCCGCCUCCUGAAGAUGAUGAGAACAAAGAGAAAAGAACAGAUGACAUCCCUGUUUGGGACCAGGAGUUUCUUAAAGUAGAGCAGGGAACACUGUUUGAACUAAUUCUGGCUGCAAACUAUUUGGAUAUUAAGGGUCUCCUUGAUGUUACAUGCAAGAUGGCUGCAAAUAUGAUUAAAGGCAAAACUCCAGAAGAGAUACGAAAGACUUUCAACAUAAAAAAUGACUUUACUGAAGAAGAAGAAGCACAGGUACGUAAAGAGAAUCAGUGGUGCGAAGAAAAAUGAAGAAUCUGCUGUCACCGUGUAUCACACUGUA